AUGAGCUUCUUCAUGGACGGCCGUUCGACAUCAGAGGCCACAAGGCCCCCUGCAGGAGUUGCAGCACCGGCUGCAGCAGUAGCGCUGCCUGCUGCAGCAGGCAAUGCUCCCUUUGCACCGCACUCAGCUGCGGCUUCCCAUGCUUUCGCAAGAGGGCUGGCGCCCUUCUCAUCCCCUGCAGCAGCGGCAGCAGCAUUUCACGCGGUUGCAGCGGCAGCAAUGCCGGCAGCGUCGAACCAGGCCGCUGCAAUGGCAGCAGCAUUAGCAGCAGCGGGUAGGCCGCUUUCAGUAGGCGGUGUUGGGCAGGCGGCUUCCGGUACAGUUGUGGCAGCCCCAGUAGCCACCAUGCCUUUUGUUGGUCUUCCUUCUUCUGCUGCAGCUUCAGCAGGACAAGCAGCGGCGCAUACUUCUGCGAAUACUGUAAUCGCAACAGCUCCCCCGGCAACAGCAGCAGCUUCAGCUGCUGCAGCAGCACGAGUAGCAGCAGCAGCGCGAGCAGCUGCAGCAGUUCGAGCCUCACCAACAAUCCCAGCAGCCGCAGCACUUCAGCCAGUUCCAGGAGCAGCGGCUACGGCUCCAGCAGCAGCUGCAGCAGUAUCAGCAGCCGCCACAGCAGUUUCGGGGCCACCGACAGUUUCAGCACCUGCACCGGUUACAGCGGCAAGUGCAGCACCUUCAGCGGCAGGUACAGGAGCUUCAGCAGCACCUAACACUGUACCAGUAGCAGCAACAGGUGUCGCAGCAGGGAGAAUGAUAACUCCUGCGUUUCAUGGGACUAUGUCAGCGCCUGCAGCAGCAAGUGCAUCUGCGCCAACAGAUCCCGCUUCAGGGACAGAUGCUUCAGCGCCUUCUCCGCCUGCUGCAGCCGCAAAGGCAGCUCCUGCUCGAGGGGGCCGUGGGGGCAGCCGCGGGGGCCGUCGGGGGAGGGGACCUAGUGUUGCGGCAGCUGGGAGUGCAGCUGGUACGCAAAUGGCCGGGGAGAGGCCUCAGAGAGCGCGACGAGCACCUCGAAUGUUUGAGGUGGAUGCUGCAGCGGACGACAAACUUCUGAAGGUCGCGAUCGGGAGAUCUUUGCUGGAGACACGCCGGGUGGAAAUGAACUACUCGUCACUGCCUGCAGUGCCGGAGUUACGUUUCCCGUCGUGUGAGGCCUUCCUUGUGAACCCGAUAUCAUUUUUUGAGAGUUUGAGGGCCAUUGGCCGCGAGUUUGGAGCUGUUAAAAUUAUUCCCCCCCCCGAUUGGGACCCACCGUUUGCACUUGACGCCUUGAUCAAUGACCAGGCGUUGUUUCACGUCCGCACGCAAGAGGUGCACUCUCUAAUGGCGGCUAAGCCUUUUCAGCACCCAGAGGCUCCCGUCCACGCAUCUGAGCUUCGUUCGCAUGACAGAGAACUAACCCGCCAGGUUUUUGGUUGCUACAGUCCCAGCAUCGAGACAGUAGAGGCGGUUUAUUGGAAGAGUGUGGAAAGUGGUUGUCCGCAACUCACCGUCCACUACGCUGCUGAUCUCCGGACAAAUGAACUUGGGAGUGGAUUUCCUGUCGCGCCUGCAGGGGCAGACGCAUCAACGGCAACGUGUAGCAGAAGCAGCAGCAGCAGCAGCACUGAGGCUAGCGUUGGAGGAAGCCCUCAGGAAAGGCAGUGCCAAGCGCCUCUUCAACACGCCCAUGAGGGACUAGCGAAGGCAGAGUUGCACAGUAAGCAGCUGCACCAGAAGCAACAGCAGUACGACUACUGUACCCAUCCAUGGAACCUUGCCCGUCUAGCCAGAGUCGAGGGAUCGCUGCUACGACAUUACCAUCGGGAUGUACCUGGGGUCACUUCCCCCUGGCUGUACGUUGGCACCGUCUUCUCAAGUUUCUGCUGGCAUACCGAAGACAAUUUUUUCGCAGCUUGCAACUAUCAUCACUGGGGCGCUCCGAAGAUAUGGUACGUGGUACCUCCCUCCCGCGCGCCUUCAGUAGAGAGGACCCUGCAGUCCUACCUCGCGGACCGGGACCCCCACUACGUCUUGCAUUCCCUUACCGUGCAGCUACCUCCCUCGCUAUUUGUGGAGAACGGCAUACCUGUGUAUCGGAUUGAGCAGCACCCGAAGGAGUUUGUUAUGCUUUGGCCUCGCACCUACCAUGCGGGAUUCAACGCGGGCUUCAACUGCAACGAAGCUUGCAACUUCGCGCCACCGCUUUGGCUACAGUGGGGCCAAAAGGCCAUCCGAAGUUACCGGUACAUGCGAUCUACAUGCAUUCCUUAUCAACAGCUAGUACUUCGUUCUGCCAUUCAGUCUGCCGGCGGUUUUUCUGCGCGCCAACAACUCGAGCUUUGUCGAGCUGUAGCUCGACUCCUCAUGGAGGAGUUCACCGCUCGUGCAGGUGCUGUGCAACAGCAACUGGCUGCGGCGCCAAUGCAAUUAGCCGCUGGGCAGCUUAACCUUGUAGAAGCGUUGGAUCCAGACGUGAAGGGCUGGCGACAAGACCUUAGACGGCUGCUUGCCACGUUCGGAGACUUGCUCGUGCCGCUUCCAUUCGGCGAUGAUGAUGGCCCGAAGGAGGAGCUGCUGGCUCGCGUUGCUGAAGUCUUAUCGCUGCCCGUUAAAGACUGCAGCAGCUGCAAAGCGUGCUGCUCGCUUACCUGCGCCACUUGCUGCCACCAGGAGGAUUAUGUCUGUCUCGAUUGUAUUGGUAGCCUUUCCUGCAACUGUGCGCAGAGAGUAGUCCUCUCAAGGGUCCCUCUUCCGACUCUUCGACUUGUUUAUCAACACUGUCUAGACACGCUAAUGCUACAGACCAAAGAAAUCACGACUGAGAGCUCUCAGCAGAGGGAGCAGCACCAACAGCUUGAGUGCCAUUUAGGCGCAGAUGCCAGGACUAAGGAGGACAACACAGUAUCUUUGUCUUCUGAAAAACCAGUGAGUGCAGCUUUGGCAGUGGCAGCGGCAGAGGUUGCUGCUGUUGUCGAAGGAGUUGCAAUGAAGUGUCCCUCUCCCGGAGCAGAUGAGCUGGCGCCUCGGAAACGGGGAAGGCCCCGCGCAAAUCCCCGAGCGUCAGGAGAUGCGAAGAAGCGCGCAGCAGAGGCAGGUGCUGCAGCAGCUCUUCACGAGAAACCGCUUCUCCAGGAGAUUCAGGAAGAUUCAUUGUUACAGGCUGUCCCCCCAGUGUCUGAGUUGGUUGCUCUUGAACGCAAGUCUUACAGGGGCGUUGACUAUUACGCCGUCAGCUACAACGACGAAGCAGAUCAGGAACCAGAACCGCAACCUCCCUCCCCUCUGGCGGCUACUUCACUUCCUUCCGUAACAACGGAGCCUUUGCAGCAGCAGCAAGAACAACAGAACCAUGCAACAGCGGCUCAUUUGGCAGGAGCAGAAAAUCCCGCUAUCCUACAUCAGUUGGGCUUGCAGGGAUUUGCAGCUGCUGCUCUGCAGCACCGACCACUGCAGCAGUCACAGGAGGCACAGCAGCAAGAGCUGAAGCAGCAGCAAGAAUUGCUUCAGAUCAAGCUACUGCUUGGAGAGCAGCGGAUGCUGGAUUCUUCAGCCGAGCAGCAACUGGCGGCACUGCAGCAGCACCACGAGCAGCAACAGCUUCAGCAACAGCAGCUUCAGCAGCAGCACCGCCAAUUGCAGCAGCAGCAGUUGCAGCUCCAGCAGCAGCUGCAGCAGCAGCUGCAACAACAGCAGCAGCGACAAGCGGACUUGCACGCUUUGCAGGGCGCGGGGGCUCUGGACUUACAUUCCCACCAUGGUUUGCUGCCUCAUCCGCCGAGCAGUAGUAACAUGAGCGCGCUCUCUGGUCAUCAGCAUCAGCGCGAUGGAGAGCGGCUGCACAGUCUGUCUCCUUUGACGCAUCGGUCAUCAGAGAACAGAGGCAGCAGCCAGAUGGGGAACGCCGGGCCGCCGCAGCAACAAGAGGCGGAAAACCUUCGCGCGAAGAAGAAAGAGCCUCUGGCCGUGGACUGCGGCGAAUGGGCCCCGUGUGAGGUGGGGUCUCAGCUAGACAUAAGCGUCGGACGCUUGAGCAGCUCUCUGGUGCCAGCUCCGGAAGAGGCGCCACCCGUUGUAGGAAGACGCGGCAGGAGGGUCGUCCCCUUUCGGGUGAUAUCUCCGGACAUGGUGGUAGACAGGAGAAGAGAACUGGCAGUGAGGAGGUAUGUGCAACAACUAACUUGGAGGUAUUUUAUAAAAACUCUGAGGGAGGAAGCUGAGGAUGAUGAUGAACAGAUCUUGCCCAUGUUCAAGCGUGCCGCAAGACCAGAAUCAUGA